GUUUAUACUAUCAACUUGGAAUCUCGUUAUUUACUGAUACAAGGAGUUCCUGCAUUAGGGGUUAUGAAGGAAUUAGUCGAACAAUUUGCAUUAUAUGGCGCCAUUGAACAGUAUCAUGCUCUAGAUGAAUAUCCAGCAGAGCAAUUUACUGAAGUUUACCUUAUAAAAUUCCAAAAACUGCAAUGUGCAAGGGUGGCCAAGAAAAAAAUGGAUGAACGAAGUUUCUUUGGUAGUUUGCUGCAUGUGUGCUAUGCUCCAGAGUUUGAAACAGUUCAAGAAACUAGGGAGAAGUUGCAGGAUAGAAGAAAGUACAUCGCAAAAGCAACAAAUCAAAGAGAUUGCUUUGUGUUAAAGAAAGAGGGGCCCAAGAAGACAAUCCCAGAGAACUCCCAGCAUGACUGUCCAUGGAGUACCUCAGGAUCACAUGCAGCCAGUAACUGGGAUCCAUCCUGCUUUGCAAGUUCUCCUGGGGUAUCCCACAGCAUGAGGUAUCCCUGUGGGAAUUACGGUCAGAGCCUGUUGACAUUUCCCCAGUAUGAUAACAAUUCUGCUGAAACUUCUGGGCACUUUGGUCAAAACACAUCCCUAACAAUAAGUAUGCAGCUGGGAGAACGUACUCUGCCAAACUCCUUAAUGCAGCACAGGACAGUUCGGGUCGAUAAUGGCAUCGAUCGGUUUAUGCCUCGGACAACUCACCUCCAAGAACGUAAGAGGAAGAGAGAAGAAGGUACCAAGUUUUCCCUCAUUGGAACAAGUAUGGACAAUGCUGAAGUUGUCAUUGGUCCACAGCUACCAGAAAUACCUAAAGUGGAUCUGGAUGACGAUUCACUGAACACCUCAGCUAAACUAAUUCGAACUAAGUUGAAAGAGAUAGCAGAUUCUGUGUCAAGAACAUCUGUGGAAAAGCCAGAGACCAGCUCAGCCAAACCACUUGUAAAGCAAAGAAGACGAAUAUAG